GCCAACGGCGAGGAAAUUUUAUCACUGGUAGGAAGUUUUUUGCGAGGGAGACUUGCACGGAGGAGUGAAGAGACUACUGGUCCUAAAAAUCUUUUGUUUUUUUUCUGUGAUCAACGCCAUUCAUGUCUUGUCAGACGAAGACCUCAGCAUCAGAUUAACAGCGCUCAGUGUAUGGACCAGUAGUCUUGCUUGAGGUUAUAACUCUGGAUGGGAUCAUCCUGAGUCCAUCUGGAACAUGGAUCUCGGACUGCUCUUUGCUGAACCCCAGCAGAUGGACCUGAGAGUGACGUUGAAAGAAGACGUAGAGGAGGAGGAGGACUAUGGCCAUAUGAUUCCAUGCGAAGAUGAACAAGACCAAGAAGAAAAGCCCUUUGCAGAGCUUAACUGUAAAACUGAAACAGACUUAUCAGACUACAAUAUUAUUUACAGUGAACCACUACAGACAACAGCGAAGAUUGAGGUGAAGGUCGAAGACGAGGAUGAACAUCUACAAGAGUACGAUUGUCUACAGGAACGUGUUUCAGAACACCCAGACAGCCUGCAACAGAAGAUCGAUGGACAGAAUGAUGAACUCAACCUGCAACUUGAAGGAAGGCUGCACCACUGCACAGUCUGCAGGAAGAAUUUCACAGCCCUGAAAGAACUCAAGAAACACCAGCAAACACACUUAGUGAAUGAAAAGCUGAACAGUGGAAAAAGGUGGCAUCAAUGUGCAGAUUGCAAGAAGAUAUUUACGACCGCCAGAAAUCUUAGACGUCACAUGCUUACACACACUGGGGAGAAGCCUCAUACAUGUAUUCAGUGCGGGAAUCGCUUUACACUAAAGACAAGUCUUAACACCCAUAUGAGAAUACACAGUGGAGAGAAGCCUCAUAAAUGUAUCCACUGUGGAAGGCGUUUUUCACAAAUUUCAACUCUUAAAACCCAUGUCAUGGUUCAUACUGGUGAGAAGCCUCAUAAAUGUAUUCAGUGUGGAAAAAGUUUUACACUAAAGAGUAAUCUUAACACCCAUGUGAUUCUACAUACUGGAGGGAAGCCUCAUAAAUGUGACCAGUGUGGAAAAACGUUUACAAGAUCCUCAAGUCUUAAACAUCACAUGCGUACACAUAGUGGAGAGAAGGCUCACCAAUGUGUCGAGUGUGGAAAAGCCUUCUCAGAAAUAUCAGCUCUUAAUGCCCAUAUGCCAAUACACACUGGAGAGAAGCCUCAUAAAUGUGACCAGUGUGGAAGGUGUUUUUCACAAAUUUCAACUCUUAAAACCCAUGUCAUGGUUCAUACUGGUGAGAAGCCUCAUAAAUGUAUUGAGUGUGGAAAAGGUUUUACACUAAAGAGGAGACUUAACACCCAUGUGAUUCUACACACUGGAGAGAAGCCUCAUAAAUGUGACCAGUGUGGAAAAUCGUAUACAAGAUCCUCAAAUCUUAAACAUCACAUGCGUACACAUAGUGGAGAGAUGGCUCACCAAUGUGUCGAGUGCGGAAAAGCCUUCUCAGAAAUAUUAGCUCUUAAUGCCCACAUUCUAGUACACACAGGAGAGAAGCCUCAUAAAUGUGUCGAGUGUGGCAAAUGUUUCUCACAAAUGUCACGUCUUAAAAGCCACAUACGAAUACAUACCAAAGAGAAGUCUCAUUUGUGUGCCCAGUGUGGAAAAGCAUUUAGACGAAUUGCGAAUCUCAGAGUCCACAUGCUUACUCACACUGGUGAGAAGCCACAUACAUGUGACCAGUGUGGGAAAUCAUUUUCACUCAUUUCAAAUCUUAAAACCCAUAUGCGAACACACACAGGAGAGAAGCCUCACAAAUGUGUCCAGUGUGGAAAAGCUUUUUCAUUUUUUAAAAGUCUUAAAAACCAUAUUCUAACACACACUGGGGAGAAGCCUCAUAAAUGUGUCCAGUGUGGAAGAGCUUUUAUACAAAAUUCACAUCUUAAAACCCACAUGCUAAUACACACCAGAGAGGAACCACAUAAAUGUGACCAUUGUGGGAAAGCUUUUGCACAAUCGGGAAAACUCAAUAGCCAUAUACUGAUGAUGCACACUGAAAAGAAAAAAAAAACAGUGAAUGUCAAACACCACACUGGAGAGAAGCCACAUAAAUGUGAACAGUGUGGAAAAGAUUUUUCAGCAGCCUGCAGUUUUAAGCAACACAUGUUUCUACAUACUGGAGAGAAGCCUCACAAAUGUGAACAGUGUGGAAAAGCUUUCGCACAAGCUCGAUAUCUUAAAACACAUAUGCUAGUACACACCGGAGAGAGAACUCAUAAAUGUGACCAUUGUGGAAAAGCUUUUGCACAAUCGGGAAAACUUAAUAGCCACAUACUAAUGAUGCACACUGGUAAGAAAAAAAAAACAGUGAAUGUCAAACACCACACUGGAGAGAAGCCACAUAAAUGUGAACAGUGUGGAAAAGAUUUUUCAGCAGCCUGCAGUUUUAAGCAACACAUGUUUCUACAUACUGGAGAGAAGCCUCACAAAUGUGAACAGUGUGGAAAAGCUUUCGCACGAGCUCGAUAUCUUAAAAUACAUAUGCUAGUACACACUGGAGAGAAACCUCAUAAAUGUGACUAUUGUGGAAAAGCUUUUGCACAAUCAGCAAAUCUUAGUAGCCACGUGCUAAUGAUGCACACUGGUAGGAAACCACAACUGGAAAACACUCAACGUCAAACACCAAAUAUUUACAUUUUUAAUCUCACGCUAGGUGGCACUUCACCAUAAAUCAGUCAUAAUGGUCUGAAAUGCUGUCAAUUUAAAACACCAGAUUGGUAUAUUUAUUUCUCCCACUAGGUGGCGCUACACUGCAAAGGAGUAAGGACAAACGCUAGGGCACAAUGAAGUCUGCUCUCAUUAAUGUACUCAGUGGGGGAAAAAAUGUAAAAGAACUGUGGGCCUAAAAAAAAAUUUUGUGCAGAGUUUUCUCUGUAGAGCUUCCCCUACAGCUUCAGAGUAUAUAUUUUACGACACUCCUCACUAGGUCAGUCUGCCGUUUCCUCUUUCCCUCUUCCUCCGACAACGGUUUACUCGGUUUCUGCGUCUUUUCACUGGCUCUGCCAUGACGAAUGUCUGAGAAACUCCAUCGCUACAUUAUUCUAGCCGGUGUAUGUGUGUAGUGCAGGAAAGCAAUUUGUUACAUCGCGAGACAGCGAGACUCUGUGUCCGAGUCCAGUGGCCUCGCUGGACCAUGGCUGGUUUUUCUGCUCACAGACGCUAGGGGGAAGAAACGGCCACCAUUCCACCCAGAAAAAGUAAUAUAACCCUUCCAAUGACUCCAAAGCUGUUAAGUUAAGGUAAAUUAAGUAAAAUAAAAACUGCAUAGUUCCCCUUUGACAUUGUCGUAAAACACACAAAAUUGAAAAUACAUAAGAGGGGAAAUAACAUCAAUGUUUGUGGAAAAUAUAAGUGUAAAUAAGGGUCAAAAAAAGAUUUUUGGUUCAGCCAUAAUUAGCCUAACAUGAUGUACUUUUGUUUGUUUGCCAAUAUAAUUUAAUCGAGUGUUGAUGGUACCCUAUGUUUUGCACAAGGAAAAUAAACAAGAGGGGGAAACAUUAA